UCGGGCUGGCCGCGCGCGUGGGACGCGGGCGGUUUGGCCGCGCGUGAGGCGCGCGGGUUGGCGCGACCCACGCAUCCCUUGCUUGCUUGCUUGCUUGACGAAAGCGCGAAGCAGAGCUACGGGACGGACCCCACGUCUGGAGGAAAUGGACCAUAAAUGUAAGGCUGUGGAGAGGAGAAAGACAUCUCAGAGUGCGAGAACGAGCAGUGUCAGUGGUGAAGAAAAGAAGAAGGGAAGAAGAUUACGGUGCUAUUAUGCUCUUCGUCUCCGAUCUUCCUCGCUCGAGCCUCUUCGCACCCUCGAAAGGCACGAUCUUUUCUUGUUCCUGUUCCCCCUUUGAUUGCUCAACCGUUUCGAUUUUGAUCUUUUCUUGGAGGGGAGUGGGGAAGGGAGCAAGAAUUGCAUGUGGGUUUUUGUUGCUUCUUGAGAUGUUUUGUUUUCUCGAUUGGGAGUUGGCGGUGAUUUGCCCCUCUAUUUCGUCUACUUGCUCGCGGGCUCUUCUUCCGAAGUUCAUUGUAUGUUUACAUCGGUACGCUUCUUCAGAUUGGGUCGAAGAAAUCGAUUUUGGUUUUUCAGUAUUAACCCGCUUUCCUUCCUUUUUCUUUCACGCUAUAAUGCAAUCUCUUUACUUCCUUGUGUUAUUUACAUGGUCGAACACAAAAUGUUCGACAUAUGAUGAUUUGGCAAGAUCGUACUUGCGGUUGCUAGGUAUUCAAUUGCGCUUUUUCAUGGUUCCAGUGAUAUGUUGGGUGUGAGCCGUAUGAGCGAUUUUGGUAUCCCCGCGACGCUUUUUCUUUGGCAUGUUUAACCUUCUGGGCUUUGCCAAAAGCCUUUCUUUGGAUCAUUGGAUGGAUUUAGUCGGAGGUUGCUAGAUCACUUAAAGAUGUGUGGUUUGAUCAUAUUUUGUUGUAUAAUAUAUUAAAUUCUUAUGUUUGUGUUCUAUAUGUAUUCCGAUAUCUGAUCAUUGGUUUUAACGACUGUCUGUUCUACUUUUGUUAUUCUCUUGCUCUGUGUCACCUUAUUCAUAUAUGUAUUUCAGAAUGUGGUUAGGUAUUCUUUCUCCCAUUUGUGCAAUCAUCAUAGCUUUAUGCCUAUUAAUCUUUUGAUUUGCCAUUUUGACCUCACUUGAUGCCUAUUAUUUUCAGAGACUUUCACUUUUUUUAAUCUAUUCAGGUGUCAACAACAUAGACAAUGAUACUGAGAGUGUUCACUUUGUCCUGAAUUAGGAUGGUGGCUAUCAAAAUAAUAAAUCAAAUCAUGGAUUCGUUCCAUUCCUCGUUCUUUCAGCCUAACUGAACAUGAGUUACCUAUGUGACCAAAAUGUAUCAUGGUUAUGAACUGCUGGAAGAUUGGAACUUGACUAGUCGAGAGAAAGACUCAAGAAGUCAUGUGCUUGCAAAGUUGCAGUCAGCACUGGUGGCAAAUUCAUCUAUACGAUUUUCUGUUAAGUACCCUUUCUGCUGCCCGCAUAGGUUGUCCAUAAAUUUGAAGGCUGAGCGUGAUUUUGCAAUCUCAAGUGUUCUGGGUGAGAACCAAGCCAUGACAACUACUGAAGAGGAUGUUCAACAUUGUGGAAUAUUUGACUUGGAUCCAUCACUGGAAAAUUUUAAAGAUCAUCUCAUUUACAGGUCAAAGAAAUAUGUGGAACAAAAAUCAUUGAUUGAGAAAUUCGAAGGAAGUCUUGAAGAAUUUUCUCAAGGUUAUCUCAAGUUUGGAUUCAACAGAGAACAAGAUGCUAUUGUUUACCGUGAAUGGGCUCCAGCUGCCCAGGAAGCACAACUUAUUGGAGAUUUCAAUGGCUGGGAUGGGUCCAACCACAAAAUGGAAAAAAAUGAAUUUGGUGUUUGGAAUAUUAAAAUCCCAGAUGCUGGAGGUAAACCAUCCAUUCCUCACAAUUCUAGGGUCAAAUUUAGGUUCAAACAUGGCAAUGGAAUUUGGGUUGAUAGGAUUCCAGCAUGGAUCAGAUAUGCCACCGUUGAUCCUACUCGAUUUGCAGCUCCUUAUGAUGGAGUUCACUGGGAUCCACCACCUUCAGAAAGGUCAGGUGUUGUGUUUACCCAUAAUGUUUUGGUUGCCGUAACUUGUUUCACAGUAUAUAUGCUAAAUUUUGCAAUGUGGACUUAUUCUUACCUCAAUAAGAAUUGGAUAUUUCUUACCUCAACAACUAACUUGUGAGGCACUCAUAGAAGCUCUAAAAUAAAUAAUUAAUUAAAAAUAAGAUAGAUAAAUAAUGUACCAUCAUCAAUCAAUCAAUCAAUGGAGGCAACACCACUAUCGAAUCACUGAAACAACAUCGAACCAUGUCCUCCACAAACCCAAGCGGUACCAUUACCUAAUCUAGAUGGUGCCACUAUCAGGUAGGCUUUUGACUUAGUUAAAACCUAAUCUAGCUUCUCUGGAACCUCCUUAGCAUUGCAUUUGUAGACUUCAUUUGUGUUAGCGAAGAUACAUGUUUAACCUAUUUGCAACUUAUUUGUGACCCAAUAAAUUUUGGUCAUGGCUUCGACUAAUUAUCUAAUAGUCCAUUGAUCUUCAAAUAGCUGAACUAAUUCUUUAGCUUAAUAUUUGAUUUUUUUAGUUCGAAAUCUAUUUUUUCUAGCUCGAUGUUUAAUCUUUCAAUUCAAUAAUUUAUUCUCUAACUUGACAUUCGAUCUUGUGACUAAACAUUUGAUCUUCGAGCGAUAUGCACCUUUGGUUAAAAUACCUCCUAUGUCAUAAAUACACUUAAUACCAUAUUAGUUUCUCAAAUUCAUUAAUCGAUUUUAUCAUUCAACUAUCGGAGUCAAUAUUUUUAAUUAAUUUAUAUUGAAAUAUAUAUAUUUCUCUUCAUCAUUUUUUUGUUCUUCCUAUCUGUUUCUAAUGUAUCAAAACAUCAAACCUUUGAAUUAAUUGAUUUUCUAUCUCAUUGGACUUUGGUUUUAUGAAAUGAAAUUUUAUAACUUACAUGACUCUAAUAUCCAACUUUAAAUAAGAUGCUCCAAUAGACUUCUAUUUGUUAUGCUUAAGGGGAGAUUAUGAUACCUACAAAUUUUAGGUUAAUUUUUUUUAUGCUUUCACUUGAUUGAUAGAUUUUUUUUAUAGCAAUUUCUUAUUUGAAAC